AAAGAUCCUGGGCCAAUCAGAGCAGACCGGACUGCGUUUUCCCGAAUGCCCGUAGCAGGGUCAGAAGGGAGGUGGCUGCUCUCCGUCGUGGCCUCUGACGGUUUCUGAGCGUUGGCGUCUGGCACGCGCUACCCUCUUUUGCUUUGGUUCCGCCAUGCCGAUGUACCAGGUAAAGCCCUAUCACGGGGGCGGCGCGCCUCUCCGUGUGGAGCUUCCCACCUGCAUGUACCGGCUCCCCAACGUGCACGGCAGGAGCUGCGGCCCAGCGCCCGGCGCUGGCCACGUGCAGGAAGAGUCUAACCCGUCUCUGCAAGCUCUUGAGUCCCGCCAAGAUGAUAUUUUAAAACGUCUGUAUGAGUUGAAAGCUGCAGUUGAUGGCCUCUCCAAGAUGAUUCAAACACCAGAUGCAGACUUGGAUGUAACCAACAUAAUCCAAGCGGAUGAGCCCACGACUUUAACCACCAAUGCACUGGACUUGAAUUCAGUGCUUGGGAAGGAUUACGGGGCGCUGAAAGACAUCGUGAUCCACGUGAACCCGGCCUCCCCUCCCCUCUCCCUGCUCGUGCUGCACAGGCUGCUCUGUGAGCACUUCAGGGUCCUGUCCACGGCGCACACGCACUCCUCGGUCAAGAGCGUGCCUGAAAACCUUCUCAAGUGCUUUGGAGAACAGAAUAAAAAACAGCCCCGCCAAGACUAUCAGCUGGGAUUCACUUUAAUUUGGAAGAAUGUGCCGAAGACGCAGAUGAAAUUCAGCGUCCAGACGAUGUGCCCCAUCGAAGGAGAAGGGAAUAUUGCACGUUUCUUGUUCUCUCUGUUUGGCCAGAAGCAUAAUGCUGUCAACGCAACCCUUAUAGAUAGCUGGGUAGAUAUUGCGAUUUUUCAGUUAAAAGAGGGAAGCAGUAAAGAAAAAGCCGCUGUUUUCCGCUCCAUGAACUCUGCUCUUGGGAAGAGCCCUUGGCUCGCUGGGAAUGAACUCACCGUAGCAGACGUGGUGCUGUGGUCUGUACUCCAGCAGACCGGAGGCUGCAGUGUGACAGUGCCAGCCAAUGUGCAGAGGUGGAUGAGGUCUUGUGAAAACCUGGCUCCUUUUAACACGGCCCUCAAGCUCCUUAAGUGAAUUUCGGUAACUGAUUUUAAAGGGUUUAGAUUUUAAGAAUGGUGCUCUUUCAUGCCUAUUAUCAGUAAGGGGACUUGUAUUAGCGUCAGAGUCUUUUUAUUUAGGCCAGUUGUCAAGUGUCAAUAAAAGCAUCAUGUAA